GUCAUGAGGUCCCCAUCUCUCCUGCUGCUGCUCUCAUCAGCCCUGGUUCUGACAGAGACCUGCACAGGUCCCCACUCCCUGAGGUAUUUCUACACCGUGAUGUCCCGGCCGGGCCUGGGGGAGCCCCGCUUCCUCACUGUGGGCUACGUGGACGACACGGAGUUUGUGCGAUUCGACAGCGAUGCUCCGGGUCAGAAGAAGGAGCCCAGGGCGCCCUGGGUGGAGCUGGAGGGGCCGGGGUACUGGGCGCGGGAGACGCGGAAAUCACGGAAAAUAGCACGGUUCCGAGUCAGCCUGAGCAACCUGCGCCGCUACUACAACCAGAGCGCGGCGGGGUCUCACACCAUACAGAGGAUGUACGGCUGCGAGCUGGGGCCCGACGGGCGCUUCCUCCGUGGGUUUGACCAAUUUGCUUACGAUGGCGCCGAUUACAUCGCCCUGAACCCUGAUUUGCGCUCCUGGACCGCGCGGGAUACCGCGGGAUAUUGCGGCUCCUGGACCUGGGAGGAGAAGAGAGAAGCAGAUCUCUGGAGGAGCUACCUGGAGGGGGCGUGCGUGAAAAGGCUGCUCAGAUACCUGGAGAAUGGAAAAGAGAUGCUGCAUCGCGCAGGUCCCCCAAAGACACAUGUGACCCUCUACCCCAUCUCUGACCAUGAGGUCACCCUGAGGUGCUGGGCCCUGGGCUUCUACCCUGCGGAGAUCACCCUGACCUGGCAGCGAGAUGGGGAGAACCUGACCCAGGACACAGAGCUGGUGGACACCAGGCCUGGGGGGGAUGGAACCUUCCAGAAGUGGGUGGCUGUGGUGGUGCCUUCUGGAGAGGAGCAGAGACACACGUGCCAUGUGCAGCAUGAGGGGAUGCCAGAGCCCCGAGUCCUGAGAUGGGAGCCCCCUCCUCAGUCCUCCACCCCCUCCGGGGGCCUCAUUGCUGGCCUGGUUCUCCUUGGAGCUGUGCUCACUGGGGCUGUGGUGCCUGUGGCUGUGAUGUGGAGGGAAAAGCGCUGAGGGGGACAAGGAGGAAGCUACACUCAGGCUGCAGGCAGCCACAGUGCCCAGGGCUCUGAUGUGUCUCUCAGCCCCUAAAGGUGUGACUCUGGG